AGGCCUACCUAAUCCAUCUUGAGCCGUGUGAUUGUUGAGAGCGACACGACAUAAGCCUUAGCCCACCUCUCACUCCCACAAUCAGUAUCGCCGUCAUGCCUUCCGACGAUAAGACCCUCCUCCCUCUGCAGGAGGCGCUGAACUUGGUCAAAUUGGCCGCAGAAGGCGACUCCCGGCGGUACAUGGGGACGAGGGCAGCGUACCUGCCCGGGGCCGAUCUUUCGCCGGACAAGGGCAUGCUGAGCACGCAUAAGGCUGCUUUUGGUGGCCAUGUGUAUGGUCAAGCCGCAUUGGCCGUUGCACGAACCCAGAGGGAACUGGAGGACGAGACGGGGCGCAAACCAUCCGAGAGGCUGAGCCUGCAUACCAUCCACGGCUACUUCACCCGAGCCGGCAUCCCCAGCCGGCCCUUCCUCUACACCGUCACGCCCCUCACCUCCUCGCGCACCUUCAGCACCCUCUCCGUCACGGCCUACCAGCCCUCCGAGCCCAGCACCAACCCGCAAGGCGACCACUUCCCCCUGUCCGACGCCGCCCUCCCGCUCUCGCCGCCCUCCUUCACCGGCAUGUGCUCCUUCAAGCUCCCCGAGCCCGACAGCCAGGGCGUCUCGACCCAGGAGGCGCCCCCGCAGGAGCGCUUCGCCUCCAUCCUCUCCUCCCGCGCGCCCGAGGACUGGCCGCCCGUGCCGCCCCUCGACAUCACCGCCUUCGUCGAGAUCGUGGGCGCCGACGAGCCCGGCAAGUUCCCCGUCGCAACCAUGCGCAAGGUCGACAUGACGGCGUACAACGCCGGCCGGCCCGUGCACGAGCGCCGCGAGCUGAUGCUCUACAAGCUGCUCGCCCCGCUGCCGACGACCGGCGGUGACGGUGACGGCGGAGGCGGCGGCGGCGGCGGCGGCACUGGGGCCGAGGAGGGGGAGGGGAAGGGGCAGGGGCAGGUAUGGGACGCCAACGCGCACGUCAUUGCGCACGCGUACGUCGCCGACCGGAACGGGCUGCUGCUGGCGGGCAACCACGUCGGGUUCGGGCACGCGCUCGCGCGGGCCGCGACGCUGAGCUACACGUUCGUGGUGCACGUCAACGCCGAGCUGGCCGUCAUGCGGGAGGAGGACGGCUGGUGGGUGCAGGAGAUGUUCUUCCCGCGCACCGCCGCCGGCCGCGGCAUCGUCGAGAGCAAGAUCUGGAGCCCCGCCGGCGUCCACGUCGCGACCGAGUACCAGGACGGAUUGGUGCAGGGGAGGGGGCUCGGCAAGCUGUAGUCCCCCCUCCCUCUUUGUGGGUUAGUGCGCAUCGGCCUGUCUGCCCUUUUUUUUUUUUUUUUUUUUUUUUUUUUUUU